GCCUAUGAGCGUAAGAACACUAGUCGUGGCGGCACGGCUUGCACAGAAAGGUGAGAGGGAAAAACGUUCAAAUCAAGAAGCGCGGUUUAGGGUUUGUUGCAGUGUUCUUCUUUCAUAUUCGUCAGAGUGAAAGAGAAGUCAUCAAAGGAAAAUGGUGAACCCAAGAUGCUAUCUGGACAUAAGCAUUGGUGGAGAGUUAGAGGGUAGGAUUGUGGUCGAGCUCUUCAAAGAUGUCGUUCCCAAAACUGCUGAGAACUUCAGGGCUCUUUGUACGGGUGAGAAGGGCCUCGCUCCCAACACCGGAGUUCCCCUGCAUUACAAGGGAGUCCGUUUUCAUCGCGUCAUUAAAGGUUUCAUGGUACAAGGUGGAGAUUUCACGGCUGGCGAUGGCACUGGUGGAGAAUCCAUUUAUGGCUUGAAAUUUGAGGAUGAGAAUUUUGAGUUGAAACAUGAGAGGAAAGGGAUAUUGUCAAUGGCUAAUGCAGGUCCCAACACCAAUGGAUCGCAAUUUUUCAUUACUACUACUCGGACUCCUCAUUUGGAUGGAAAGCACGUAGUGUUUGGAAAGGUGAUAAAAGGAAUGGGUGUGGUGCGUUCUAUCGAACAUGUUACUACUGGGGAAGUUGACUGUCCCACCCAAGAUGUAAUCAUCGCUGAUUGUGGAGAAAUAGCUGAAGGGGAUGAUGAUGGAACCAUAAACUUCUUCAAAGAUGGCGAUACUUAUCCUGACUGGCCAACUGACCUAAACGAGAAGCCAGAUGAAAUUUCUUGGUGGAUGGAGGCUGUUGAUUCUAUCAAAAGUCUGGGAAAUGAACAGUAUAAGAAGCAAGAUUAUAAGUCUGCUGUUCGCAAGUAUCGCAAAGCUUUGCGCUAUUUGGAUGUCUGCUGGGAAAAGGACGACAUUGAUGAAGAGAAGAGCACUGCUUUAAGGAAGAUAAAGUCUCAAAUUUUUACCAACAGUUCUGCUUGUAACUUGAAAUUAGGCGAUCCAAAAGGAGCAUUGUUGGAUUCAGAUUUUGCAAUGCAUGAUGGAGAUAACGCAAAGGCCCUGUUUCGCAAAGGCCAGGCAUGCAUGGCACUCAAUGACUUGGAUGCUGCUGUUGAAAGCUUCAAAAAAGCAUUAGAGUUGGAGCCAAACGAUGGAGGAAUUAAGAAAGAGCUUGCAACUGCCAGGAAGAAGGUUGCUGAUAGACAUGACCAAGAGAAAAAAGCUUAUUCCAGAAUGUUCAAAUAGAGUUCUUGGAGUUGUGACAUAUGCUGCUACUGUAUUAUGUCGAACAAAAUCGGGAUGGCUGUCAUUUCACCUGGUCAAAAUUUUCUCCUUUUCCUUUGCAGGCUUAGAUCAUCAGGUAUCUGACAGCAAAUCAGCCAAGCCCAACGUCCAUGGAUUCUGUUUUUGGUGUUGAGUUUGUUAAAAAUCAAUGCGAGGUGAAAUGCUGUCUGUAACUUGAAUGCUGUUUCGUGUAAUGAGGGGACAAAUAUCUGCUAAAAAUCCAAAGACGCUCGGUUGAAGUCGCAUAUUCAUGAAAUUUCUGUUGACGCAAUGUCCUUCCUGACUA